GAGCUGCCAGCCGGCUCGCUCGGUGCUAGUCCACCUGCCGCGCUUCGCCGGUGGCCGGGCUCCACAGGUAGCUCUCUCUCCCGAGGCCGAGUGGGGCAGGGGCGUCCUGGAGGAGGGGCGCGUCCGCCAUGGAGCCCACGGACGGUGGCAGCGCCGGCGACGGGUCCAUCAAGAGGCAGCGGGGCUUCAGGAAGAAGAAUGGGUUCUUCAAGUACCUGGAGAGGAGGAAGACGGACACCAUCGUGGCCGAAGACUUCGGCAAAGGGGACAUCAACCUGGGCACCCUCGUGAGAAGGAGCCAGUCCGAUAAAACGGAGUACAGCACUAAACUUAAAGAGAAAAUGGGACCUCAGGUGAUGUCCGCCACCUCCUCCACUACAUCCCUGGACCUGGACCCAGAAGAAAUGAAGGAAAGGAAGAUGAUCAGGAGGUCAAAGGUCAUUCAGGAGCUGCUGCAGACAGAGAGCGACUACCUGAACGACUUGGAGCUCUGCAUCAGGGAGGUGGUGCAGCCGCUGAGAAAAGUCCAGGCGGUGGAUGCGGAGCGGCUGUUCACCAACAUGGAGGCCGUGUGCGAGCUGUCCGGGGAACUGCUGCGCAGCCUGCAGGAGGCGACGGUCGAGCGCGACCUCGAGGCUCAGCUCAUAGGCGACGUCUUCAUACAGGCCAAAGCGGAGCUGGAGGAGGUCUACAAGACAUACUGUUGCCAGCACGAUGAAGCCAACACGUUACUCAAGUCCUACGAGAAAGAUGAAGAAAUCAAGCAGCAUUUCACAACCUGCAUAUUAGCGCUGAAGCAAAUAUAUGACCUUGAAGGUAAACCCAACCUGCUGGACAUGGGCUCGCUGAUCAUCAAACCCGUGCAGAGGGUGAUGAAGUACCCGCUGCUGCUGGGCGAGCUGUGGCAGACCACCCCUGAAGACCACCGUGACCGUCAGGCACUAGAGGAGGCGCUGGCCGCCGUCAAGAUCGUCAACAUCAACAUCAACGAGUGCAAGAGGAGGAAAGACAUUGUGAUGAAGUAUAAGCGGCCGGAUGAGGAGGGCACCUUGAUUGGCAAGCUCAACAGGCUCAACAUCCAUUCCAUCCGAAAGAAGUCCGACCGGCUCACUGGCUACUUGAAGAUCCUCACGGGGGUGGAGCCACAGGUCAAAGACGAAGUCUUCGAUAAGGAGGAGAAACUGUUCCGCAGCCUAGAGAAAUGCGUGCGACAGCUGGUCAAGAACGUCUGCUGCUACCUCUACCACGUCCAGGAGAUGGCUUCUCUCGCCGUGCAGCACGCUCAGGAUCUAGAAAACAUAAUUAAGGAUCCCGAGAAAAGCGAGCUCACCAGCACCCUGCGCAGGAAGAAUGGCCACAACCCGUACCAGCAGUUUAAGGAGCGGGUGGAGCGGGUGGUGCUCACGCCCCUGUCGGCGCUGCAGGGUAUGUUCGCCGCACCGCAGAAGCUCAUCCAGAAGCGCUACGACAAGCUGCUGGACUACUGCAGCCGGCUGGAGAAGCCGAGCUCCGAGGAGCAGGCACAGGCUCGCCGUGACUACGAGGCCCUCAACGGGCAGCUGGUGGAGGAGUUGCAGAGGUUCAACGGUGCCGCGCGUGCCAUUCUGCUCAACUGCCUCUGCUGCCUGGUGGGCCUGCUCAGGGGCCUGCUGGAUGCCUCCCAGCAGAAGGCCCCGUCCAUCCAGCAGCUUCCGGCUCCUCUGUCCAACAUCGGUGAAGUCCAGAGCAGCAUCAUGGAGGGUCUGAACAACCUGAGCUUCGUCAAGGACAACGCACCCCGGCUCAUGGAGCGCAAAGUGAGCUUCGAGAAACCCAAGAAAGCCUCGCCCCCUGAGGUUCCCCGGCAGACGGAGAGCCAGAGAUCGCACCUGCUGGCCACCUACGGCACCGAGCAGCUGUACCAGCUGAAGCGCAACUGUAACGCGUGCCAGGAGGAGGACAUCACCCUGCUGGAGGGGGAGCUGGUGGGCCUGAUCCAGGACCGGGACCCCCUGGGUAGCAGCAGUCGCUGGCUGGUCGACACAGGCAGUGCACGGGGCUACGUGUACUCCUCCUUCUUGAAGCCCUACAAUCCCGCUCGGGAGCGGGGCAGCCUGCAUUCUGAAGGCCCCGAUGACUUCGACAACAUCAGCCUGUUUGUGUCGGGCGGCGGUGGCGGUGGCCUGCGGAGCCUCCAGCUCGACUCCACUGAUGGGUGUCCUUCUCCUGACAGCCUGCAGGAGGAACCGGAGAGCCUGGAGAAUGGCGAGGGUGAGGGCGAGGACCAGCAGUUCUACGCCGUGCACGCCUUCCAGGCACGCUGCGAGCAGGAGCUCACCCUGCAGGAGUACCAGCACGUGCACAUCCUGCAGUUCUGUGACCUGAGCGGCAACCGUGAAUGGUGGCUGGCCGAGAUCGAAGGCAAGAAGGGCUACGUCCCGGCCAACUACCUGGGCAAGAUGUCCUACGCCUAGCGCAUCCAGGGGAGCGACGCACGCUCAGCAUCCCGUCGAUUUCACGGGUGUCCGGCGGCCAGCAGGUGGCGCAGAAGUUAAGGACCUGGCUGAAUGCUGCUGUCAGUCCAGGAUCAUCCAUUAUACCAUUAAGAGAGGUGAUUAACCUUGCCUGCUUCAGUAAAAGGAAAGAAAACAUAUAGUUGCACACCUGGAUAAAGUGGAGGAAUCUGAAAUGAGUAAGUUGUGGGUGAAAGGCGUUCACCAGGCAACUCAAUGCUGAUGACAGCUGUAACACACAACACAACAUUUGUGAAGUCUGUCUGUCUUUGCACAAAGAUCCAUUCCCAGCACUUACUAGUAUUUUUACCUGCAGUGUUCCAUUAAUUAUGAAUGAUCAUAAAGUCUAUUGACCAUAACGCUGAAUGAAGAAAUUUAUAUUGCAGUAGAUAUAUUUUAUCAGAUUGAAUAUUCGUCAUAAUUAUCGUUAGAUUUAAAUUUUUAGAGAUUUAUCCCAAUAGUGUGAAUAUUUUGUAACAUAUUUAUCUUGCUAUAAAUGAAGGUAUAUUAUGCACUUUGAGUAAAAGAUUGAGAAAUUGACAGGUACUGUCCUGAGUAAAUAAAGUUAUAUUUACCACAUAAUGCCCUGCCCUCCUGAUCCCACCUUCAUGGUGUAAGAUGAGUGUAUCUGCUUUGAGAAUAAACCCUG